GUGUGACAACACGAGGCGGCGGCUAGACCAUGUCUACCCACAUGCCAUUGAUGUUUAUGUUUUGUCGGCGGGGUGAUCUGAAAUUGCAACAACCUGUUUUCUGUUUCUUCUAGUUUCACGUUUUGUUUCAAAGAUGUUUACUGAUGAGGUACUUGACGGAGUUGAGUUUCAAUCUUCAUGGAGACGUGAGAGGUCAACAAAGUCGCACAGCUCCCAAACGAGUGAAAUCCUUACCAAUGAUGGCGAUUCGCAAACUGUACUGAAAAAACAUGUGAAGGUCCAAACUGACCCUGAGAAAGAGAAAAAGUUUGAACUAAUUGACGACAAAUCUGAGGCCUUGACAGAUUUCAUCAAAAAGGUCACGCCAGAAAUCUGUAAAAUGUUGGAUCGUAACUCAAGAAGUCAUGCUUUUGAUGGUUACAAAGUGAACUGGGAAGAAGACACAGUGUCUGUAACGUGCCUUCGUAAACUCACACAUGCCCCGCUCAAGGGUGAGCUUCAGUGUACCAGACUGGCUUGGAAUUCCACCGGGUCGUCAUUAGCUGUUGCGUAUGGAAGGAUGGACCAUCAAGACUGGUGCAAACAUAAAGGAUCUCUAUGUGUAUGGAAUGUUGACCUGAGACGAAUGAAUACAGAGAAAGCUGACACAGUCGUUGACGUGAAUAGCUGCUUGAUGUGCAUAGCUUACCAUCCGGAAAAACCAUCUGCACUGGUUGGAGGAAACUUCAACGGGGAGGUUUUGUUGUGGGAUUUGAACCGAGAGGACGAUAGUCUAAUUGCUAGCUCAGGAAUCGGAGACGAUUCACACCGGGAACCCGUGUCAGAGGUCAUGUGGCUCAGGGAUCCCAACAAACCUAAGAAAUACAAUAUUGUGAGUGUUAGCAACGAUGGUCAGAUCCUGGUCUGGAGAGUGAAUGCCAGGAAGGGGGCGUUGGAGCUGACCGAGGGCUUCUUACUUCUAGCCAGCUGUCUUCCUGCGACGGUGGGUCGUGCUAAGGCUAAAGGAGAAGGAGAAAUGGGAGUGAACAGCAUCUCCUAUUUAUCAGACGACCAAAGUUUGUUCGUCAUUGGUUCAGAGUCAGGCGGAGUCUUCAAAUGUUCCAUGACUUCAACGACUCCUGUGCCCACAACUGAGACGUUACGCUCGGUACCCCUGCAUUCACCGGUUAUCUUUGCCUUCCAACCUCAUCAUGGGCCUGUACAUUCUAUUGAAUGCUCUCCCUAUCAUCGCAACCUGUUCCUAACGUGUGGGAUGGAUAUGUCGGCUCAGAUUUACAGCAUGCUUGAGUCAAAAAGCAUAAUCUCAAUAGAGCCAUCCUCAGGGUAUCUAUUCUCCGCUCGUUGGUCCCCAGUGCGUCCUCUAGUCUUUGCAGUAACGACAGGAGAAGGAAAACUCCUAAUCUACGAUUUGAAAAGUAGUCGUAUUACGCCAGUCCAAGUUAUCGAGGCCAGUCCGAAGAAGAGUGCAGUCUACUCAUUAGAAUUUAAUCACAAAAAGCCAACUUUGGCAACAGGAGACGCAGACGGUAUUGUGUUGAUAUGGCAGCUGAGUGAUGAGUUAUCAAAACAAGGUGCCAGAGAAAUUGAAACACUCGCUGAUGUUGCUAACUCAGCCAUGGAUUGAGUAAUUUUCCCUCUAUCGAGUGUCUUACUUUGUGUUUUGGUCAAUGACCGAGGGACUAUCGCUCAACUGGUAGUGUCUUACUUUGUGUUUUGGCCAUGGACCUAGUCACUAUUGCUCAACUGGUAGUGUCUUACUUUGUGUUUUAACCAUGGUCUUAGUCACUGUCGCUGAAAAGAGUGUCUCACUUUAUGUUUCGACCAUGGACCGAGUCACUGUUGCUCAACUAGAAGUGUCUUACUCUGUGGCUCGGCCAUGGACCUAAUUAAUGUCGCUCAACCGAAUGUCUUAUUUUGUGUUUCGGCCACAGAUUGGGUCACUGUUGCUCGCCAGCGUGUCAUACUCUUUGGCUUGGCCAUGGAGUAAGUCAAUGUCGCUCAACUGAGUCAGUGUUUUAC